UUGAGAGUCCCACAGUAAGUUCCAAGAAAAGAGUCAGCACUAUGUUCUCCUGCUGUCGGGCAAAUGCCAAAGCAGGCAAAAAGGAUAAGGCCAGCAAGGACAAGGAGGACAGCGCCGAGCCGCAGCAGGAGCAGGAGGCCAACGAAAAGGGAGAACCGCAGAUAAAUGGCAAACCGGAAAAGGAACCGCUUAAAGAUUCAAAAAAGGAGCCACCAGUGCAGGAGCCUUCCAUUAAGGCAGAAAAACCAACUGAAGCGGAUAAUCCGACGAAGAAGGAAGAGGCCCAGGAAAAUACCGACACUACUGUCAAUCCAACUCCGGCUGAAGCGGCUAAUAAAUCACCAACUUCAGCACCAGCACCUGAGCCAGCUGUAGAGGCAGAAACAUUAGCCCGCUCCACGCACUCCUCUACGUCCACGGCACCACCUGCUUCAAUGACCAGCGCCGGGGCGGAUGAAGAGGAUGACGUAGUGGUGGCGGCUGUUACAGCAACCACACCGCCACCCCAACCGCCACCUACGAAGAGCUGCCUUUCCAGGCACAACUCCACACAUCAGUCAAUCAAAAAGAAGGUGAACAUCAGCAACCGGGCGGAGAUCAUUGAGCCGGAACCGCUGUCUUUGCUUGUGAUUGCUAGCCAAAACCAAGGGUCGCUUCUGGACGACGAUGAGGUGUUCUCCGACUCACUGCCACCACCGAAGCGGGAGAGCAUGUGUGCGCCGUAUAUCGAGGGGGAUCUCGUGUCAGAGACACUGGCCUUUGCCCACGGAUUGCCCUCCUGGUUUGACGACGAGCGACUCAACGAAAUCGGUUGCAUCGAGCCACCGGUCACGCCGGUGGGACGCGACGAGCUGGAGUUGAAGCGCCAGCGCCUCUACACGGAGCUCCUGCGAGCCGCUCAUGCGGCUGUGGAGCACAGCGUGGCCGUGCGGGAUAACGAGCCGGAAGCCAAGCCCGCGGCUUCUGUCGAGCACUUGGAAAGCAUUUGCGAACGUUUGGAGACCCUCGUUGACCGAUUGGAACGGACUCUUACGGCGCCGCAGCAGUUGCAGCCUCAGCCGCUUGAAUUACCCACGCCCAUUCUCCCGCCCCCGCCAACCGAAGAAGAAGUAGAGGACGCUCUUCCAGUAGCAUUACCAGAGGUAGAAACACCACCACCACCUUCGCCGCCGCCGCCGCCUUGCAGCAGCAACAAUAUGAGUGUAGCAGGAUUCGAGGAUAUUGUGGCGGGUCCGCUUAGCCAAUAUCUGUCUCUCUCCGCCAAGAUUGGCGGCGAUGUAGCUCACCACGCUGAGCUCGUGAAGAGCGCCUUUGGCUUUCAGCUGCAGUAUGUGACGCUAGCCACGCAGAUCGCUCAACCGGCGCAGCCCAAGCAGGCGGAGCUUCUGAAGCCAACUUCGACGCAGAUCAGCGCCAUCCAGGACUUCCGCGAGAAGCACCGUUCCUCGCCCUUCUUCAACCACCUUUCGGCCAUCAGUGAGAGCAUCCCCGCUCUGGGAUGGGUGUGUGUGGAGAAGACCCCGGGUCCAUAUGUGAAGGAGAUGAACGAUGCUGGACAGUUCUACACGAACCGCGUGCUGAAGGAGUGGAAGGAGAAGGAUGUUAAGCACGUGGAGUGGGCUCGCUCCUGGGUGCAGACGCUGACCGAAUUGCAGGCCUAUAUUCGCCAGUACCAUACCACUGGUCUGGUUUGGUCCGGCAAGGGAGCUGCACCCGCUGGAGGUGCUCCACCACCGCCGCCACCUGGAGGCAUGCCCCCACCACCGCCGCCAUUGGAUCUGAGCGCCAUGAAGCUGGAUAGCGCUGGAGAUGAUCGCAGCGCCCUGUUCGCUCAAAUCAAUCAAGGCGCCGACAUCACCAAGAACUUGAAGAAGGUCACCGGGGAUAUGCAGACCCACAAGAAUCCCUCCCUGCGUACCGGACCGGCUCCCUUUAAGUCGCCUGCCCAAUACGGCGGAAGUUCGAGCAGCGCACCUUCGGGCCCGGCUCCUACCAAGCCUCCCGUGUUCGAGCGUGAUGGCAAGAAGUGGAUUAUCGAGUACCAGAAGAACAACACCGGACUGCUGGUGGAGAACGCCGAGAUGAACAACGUUGUGUACAUGUUCCGCUGCGAGGGCUCCACGCUGACCGUUAAGGGCAAGGUGAACAACAUCGUUCUUGACUCAUGCAAGAAGUGCUCGCUGCUGUUCGACUCUGUGGUGGCCUCUGUGGAGUUCGUUAACUGCCAGAGCGUUCAGAUGCAGGUGCUCGGAUCGGUGCCAACGGUUUCAAUUGACAAGAGCGACGGCUGCCAGAUGUAUCUGUCCAAGGACUCGCUGGGCGUGGAGAUAGUCAACUCGAAGUCCUCCGAGAUGAACAUUCUCUUGCCCGACGCAAGUGGCGACUAUACCGAGUUGGCUUUACCGGAGCAGUAUAAGACCACCAUUGUCGGCAAGACCCUAAAGACUGUGUGCGUAGACAGCCUCGGCUAAUGUGGUUGUGAUAGCCCAUGCCAGGGAUCCAAUCCGUUGCUUGUCCUCCAACCAUCAUCAGCAACAACAACAGCAUUAGCCAGUCAGCAGCAAUCAUAAUUGUAUUUAAUGUUAAGUGCAAAUCUUUCUUACUUCCGAGAUUCUGAUCAAACUUUUCGUACCAAA